GGAUCAAAUCUAGCUUGUCUUUUGUAUUAGAAUGACGCUUGUUGGGUUGAGAAAUUGAAUUUUUGUAAAAAAAAUUGCGAAAAAAAUUUUUUUCGGUAUUUUUUUUGCUUUAUUGAAAAUAUUUUUUUUCGGUCACCAUGGAAGAGAAACGUUACGAGUUCACACCGGUCCCGGCUAAUGAAGGCAAGAUGAGUACCAGCAUCAAACUGCAGUUGUUGAUCGUCACUUGCGUGAACAUCGGUCAGAUCAUAGUCGGGUACAGCGUGGGCUGGUCGGCUCCGAUCAUCCCCAAGCUCCAGGAUGCUGAGCAGUCGCCCCUGCCGGCGCCCAUCACAGACUUGGAGGCGUCAUGGGUGGGCUCCCUGCUGUACAUCGGGAGUAUGAGUGGUCCAUACCUCACAGCCGCUCUGGCCAACGUGAUCGGGCGGAAACCGUGCAUGUUCAUCGGUGCCUCCAUGAACAUCCUGGCCUACGUGCUGGUGGUGACUACGCAGAACAUCGCCAUGGUCUACGCCAUCAGAAUCAUCAGCGGUUUCGGCAUGGGCAUAUCCGUGGUCGGCAAUAUCGUUUAUGUGGGGGAGAUUGCAUCCACCAACAUCCGAGGUAUCCUCCUCACCUCCACUUCCAUCAUCGGUAUCUUCGGUACCCUUGUCGUCUACGCUGUAGUACCUUGGGUUUCCUACGUCGCAUCAGGUUACAUCGCCCUAGGUCUCAGCGUUGCCUACGUAUUAGGCAUUAUCUUCAUCAUCCCUGAAUCUCCAGUCUUCGAUAUUAUGAAAGAUCGUGAAGUAAAAGCCAUCAAGACGUUAAACCAGUUGGGUCGAUCAGACGAAGUAGAAAAGUUCUUGGACACAUACAGCAAGAAACGAUAUGAAGAGACCAACAAAAUCAAGGAUUGGGUUGAAAUCUUCACCAUCAAGUCCAACAGGAAAUCUCUCAUCAUCACCUUCCUCUUGGGAACUUUCCAGCAACUUAGUGGUGUGGCUGUUGUAUUGUUCUUCUCAACCACCAUCUUCGAAUUAGCUGGAUCUUCCAUCAGACCUGAUGUCGCUACCAUCAUCAUCGGAGUGACUCGAUUCCUGUCGAGUUUGAUCGCUCCCACCUUCGUAGAAAGAUCUGGAAGAAGAAUUCUACUGUUGAUCUCAAUGGCUGCCUGUUCAGUCAGUUUGACAAUCCUCGGAGUGUACUUCUAUCUGGACAGGAUACAAAGCCCGAUCCUAUCCAGCGUCGGCUGGCUUCCUCUGGUGGCUCUCAUCACGUACUUCUUCUGUUAUGAAGCAGGCUUCGGUUCCAUCCCCAACGCUAUCGUCGGUGAGAUGUUCCGCAUCAACGUCCGCUCCAACGGCUCCGCGCUCGCCAUCACCAUGACCUGGCUGGUGGGCUUCGCGCUCACCACCAGCUUCACCACCAUGGUCGACGCCCUCGGUGGUGACGUCACCUUCUGGCUCUUCGGUGCCUCCUGUAUCGUCUCCUUCCUCUUCACCUUCUUCUGUCUCCCCGAAACCAAAGGCAAGACCCUCCAAGAAAUCCAGGAUUUACUAAGUUAAUACUAAGUUAUUUAUGUCGAUGUCGUAGCUUAAGCAUUGUAGUUAGCAUUUUAGGUUAGAUCGAGCUGUGGUUCAGCUAGUUUGUGAUGGUACGCCUGUAUCAGUACUGUAAAAUACUUAGGCAUACGACUGAUUGAUUUUAAGAUAAAGCUUAUAAAAAAGCGAAUGAAAUUGUUAAUCUAUGAAUUGCUCAAAUUGAUGUUAAAUCAGGGUAAAUAGUAAAAGUAGAUAAAGCCAUGAAAUAUUUUUACAUACAAAAACGUGAAGAAAAGUUUGUGAUUUCAAAAAGAGGCCUAGAAGUUCUAGUCUUACCUAAAUUUGAGAUAUUAUU